GUCAACAUUGGCAGAAUUCAGCUUCGUGUCGUCAAUAAAACAUUUUUGUGUGUUUUUAGUUUAUUUCUCUGUAAAUCGACAUAAUGUCGUUAAGUCUCCUCUUAGAGAAAUACGACGUGUCUAGUGACGAAGGUUUAAAGAAAGCGCUCCAUGAAAUUGAACAGGAAGAAACAGAAGUAGAUGAAGCCCUAGCCAAUGUCCUCACAAAGGCAUGUUCUCUGGAAGGGCGGCUGCGGACGGCGAGCCAAGCAUACGCCAAGCUCGGCGAGGUGAAGGCCGACACACAGAUAGCCGCAGACAUGGUAGACAAGACAGCAAUGUUGGCUAGAGAUGUCAGUGCUAAAGUGAGGCAGCUGGAUUUGGCAAGGUCUCGAGUAGCAGAGUGCCAGCGCCGUGUGAACGACCUCAUAGACUUGCAAGUAUGCAGUGCCGGAGUAGAGGCAGCCAUCAAAGCACAUGACUAUGAAACAGGCGCAGCGCACGUGGCCCGAUUUUUAAGCAUGGACCCUGGAUCAGUGGCGGCAGCGAGAGCGCGGGGCGAACACGAUCCUCGCGACGCCAUGACAGCCGCACAAGCCACGCUGCGCGACCAACUCCUGCGCAAGUUUGAAGAAGCGGCUCGCAAGGAUGAUGAAGCCGCUGUGGAGCGUCUUUUCAAGCUGUUCCCCCAGAUUGGACGGGCUGACGAGGGCGUUGACCUGCUCGGCAAAUAUCUCGCUAAUAAGUCGGAGUCCGCGAUCCGUCGCGCCUGCACCGUAUCGGAUCCGACAUCCGAAGCGGCAGUCUUCGCGGACGCAUUUACACGGUUACUGGAAGCAGGAGGCAGAAGCGUUGAACGAGCAAGAUUACUUGCCGCUUCAAGGGCACCUGGUCGACUGCCGAGAGCAUUGGCGCUUAUACAACCAGUGAUUUGCGCAGGCGGUCGCCGCGUCUACCACGAAUUAGUAGCAGCGCGACUGACUAACGCCCGACGCUCUGCGCUCCACGCCGAGCCAGUUUUAGCGGAGUUAGCACUUGCUCACUCUACCAUACAUCUGUACUUCACAUUCGUGAGACGAAGGGCUGAGGCGGAUGCAUCAACAGUGGACGAGGAAACGAAGAAGUCGUGCAUAGCGGCCACAGAGAAGAUCAUCGCAGACUGUGACCUCACCAGGACCGCGCAGGACUUGCUGGGACAUUACCUCGCCUUGGAAAGAUUCUUCUUAGAGGAGAGUGUGAGCAAAGCGCUCAAAAUGGCGGCACCACAAGUCGGGGCAACCAGUUCGAGUCUCGUUGACGACGUUUUCUUCAUCGCCAGAAAAGUUAUCCGUCGCAGCAUAUCGACAGGAAGCGUGGAUGGCGCGUGCGCUGUGCUGAACGAAGUGUCCGCCUUGCUGGAGCGCGACGCGGCGGCGGCGCUGCGGCGCUGGCUGCGCGCGCCCCCGCCUGAACCACUACCCUUCCCUCCGCCGAGUCCCGCCGCAGAUGUGACCAAGCAUAAGGAGGUGGACGCCCAAGCACAAUUAUAUGUGGCACAUCUGAACGAGGCGGAAUCCGGCGCGGAAUGGUCCAUGCGCCUCGCCACGGAGGCGUGCGCGCUUGCCGAGCCGCUCCUCGCCGCCGGCGGGCGCGACAAGCUGGUGUCGUGCGCCGAGAGCCUCGCCGCCGCCGCGGCCGCCUUCAAGGCCGCCCGCGACCUGGGCCUGGAGGGCAUCGCGGCCGCGCUCAAGCACAAGCUCACCAAGUGGGCCGACGCGGUCGCCGACCCGGACGGAGAUAGUAUGGAAGACGACGCUGACGCGCUACCAUCAGCGUUAGACACGUUAUCAGAAGCCUGCAAGGCGCAACUCUCUGCCGCCGCGGCCAAUCAGCUGCUGACUACUAUAGUGUCAGACUUGGCUACAAAAGCCGAAGAGAGAUUACUCGUUCAUCACUAUGACCAGACGGGUGGACUAAUAGUUGAGCGGCGCGCGCGCCGCCUCGCCGCGUGGGCCGGCAGCGCCGCGCCCAACGCGCGCGAGCGAUGUGCUAGGCUCUCUCAAGCCGGGGCCUUGUUAGCUGCCGAGUCACCUGCCACUGCUCCUCAUGCGGCCAGACUUACGCCGAGGAGACAGAAGGAUCUGCUCGCACGCAGAACGGAUUUCAGAAUGGAAGACAUCAAGCGCCUGAAGCUAUAAAGUAAGCGUUAUUUACAAGUGAAUAUGCAUUUAUAAAUUAUUAUUCUACAAACACAUAAUGCAAAAAUAUAUUAUUUACACUAA